AUGCCUCCUAAAACAACAAAGGAUCAAAAGGGUCGAUAGUUAUUUAGAGUGGGCACACCAAUGAAGGACGUGAUACCACAGAGUGUUAAGAAUCCACCAAGAGAUCCGAAACCACUCAAAGCACCAGAACAAAUUAACAAAUAGAAUCUGCAUGGUAAAGCAAAUUGA